UUAAGUAAUAUAUUAAAUUUUAAGCUUUAUAUCAAGAAGUUUACAAUAUGAAUUCUGGAGGAUAUUGUCGGUAUGAUUGCAUUACAACAGCAAAAUCAUUGCAAAUUCGUGGAAUGGAUAUUGGACGAGGAUUGCAGGAGAGAUUAAAAUCAAACCAGAUAAGUCAAGAUCGUGUAUAUAAUUACGAGAAGUGGUGGAGUGAAAAGCUCAGGAUAUUGGAUGAAAAACACACGCUUAAACAGAAUCUCACUGAGAUUGAGGCAGCACGUAUUUUGAGCAAAAUUGGAAAAUUUUUUGAAUUCGAGACCCCCUCCACGUGUCCAGAUUACAAAAAUCAAGUAUUCAAGUGUUUUGAAAAGAAUAAUCAAAAGGCAGCUAAAUGUGUAGAAGAGGUCACAGCAUUUAAAAAUUGUGUUGAUAAUGCAAUUAUAGAUGUUAGUGAUAAAUUAUCACCUAAUUUUGUUGAAACUAAGAUACCAACGUACAUGGAAAAAUUUGAGAAAAGUGUAGGAUGUCACUUGUUUUAAAUCGAACCAAUGAGUAGUAAAUAUAUACCAUAUGUUGAUUUUUAACAUUUUCAAGAAAUAAAGAGUAUAUUUUUCAAGAGGCUGGAAUUUUCGUCUUUGGAGCAAUAAAAUGACGAGUUUGAUAAUGCAGACUUAAAAUGUUGACGCACGUUUUUUCACGAUAUAAAAGCGAUGGGAUAGGAUUAUUGAUACAUCGGAAGUACCGCGAAUCUCAAGGAAAAUCUUUCGACUUUUUUCAAAGGCCAUUUGCCGUUCAUCGGAGUAAUUCAUCAUAGGCGUAUAAAAGCAGGAACAAGGCUAUACUAUUGACUGUGUAUAUGAAAUAUUUGCUUCGAUGACGUUUGCAAUAUAGCAAAAAAUAAAAUACAAAGGAAGAUGCACGUAUCACUAUAAAACAGAAAAGUGGUUAUAUAACGAAGAAUUUCGGGUAAUAAAAAGACAAGUUUACCACAUGCCGAGACGAGAUACGGACUUGCCAAAAACGAAGAUGCAUUCUAUGAAAAUCGACCCCAUCCAUUUUAUCAUCUAUCGUCGCUAUAGCUGGAGUCCGUCCAGAGAUCAAUGGAUCAGUGUUAUAUAAAUUAGAACAGCGGAAUCCAAGCAAUCAAAAUACUUGUGAAAUUAUUUGGUACAAGAUAGAACAAUAGAAAAUAUGAUAAUUGAUAAUCAUAAUGUAAGUCCAAGUGACAGUAAAGUGUAAGUUUUCGUAUAAUAUUAUGCACUAACAUUUACCUUGCAUACGUAUAAAUUUAAGAUGUGAAGUUUUGUAUAUCGGUGUGCGUAA